AUGUAUUGUAAACUGCCUCUGCUAUAUAGUCAGAAUCAGUUAUCCAGUCAUUCACUUGACCCAUUGAUUAACAUUGCUCGUUUGUCCAUUCAUCCAACUCUUCAAUAUUCUCUGACAACUCUCAUAAUAUUCAAGAGGGAUAUUUCCCCGUCAGUCAAUAAACCUAUUCGUCUCUGCCAAUCAACAAAAAAGGACUUCAUCACCAAACACGAAAAACAUCCCAUAACGAAGGGCUUUACUAAACUAGAAGUUAAAGCAAAGAAUGAAAGAAUGUUAGUAAUAUCGCCUGAUCCUGUAAAUUACCUCAAUGAACAAGACCAGCAGCACUUGUGGAGUACCACUUGGAUUCCCGAAAAAGGCGGCAGUGUUGAAAAGAAAUUGGUCAGCUGGUUUUUCGACGAUAAAAAAAGACCUGACUGUUAUGAGCGUGUUUAUGAAUGUUCGUUUUGA